AUGUCUCCUUUUUGGGUUUGUGACUACGAUACUAUCCCGUUUUUGAUAGCGGUCUGCUUACCAAAAGCUGAGGGAGGGCUAGGUCUCAGGUGGUUUUCAGAAUGGAAUACAACCCUCAAUCUGAAGCUUGUUUGGCGGUUAUUCUCCGGAGGAGGAUCUUUAUGGGUGGAUUGGCAUAGGUAUCACCAUCUUCAGGGUCUUGGGGAUGCCUCUGUUUCUAAAUUCUGGACCUCUCAAGAAUUGGUCUCUGAUUCCUGGAAUUGGAAAUGUCUCUUGCGGCUGAGACCUUUAGCAGAGCGUUUCCUUCGAUGUAACAUAGGCAAUGGCCUUACUGCUAGGUUCUGGACAGACAAUUGGACGCCAUUUGGCCCCUUACUUAUUCACAUUGGUGCUGCACGUCCUAAUAGGUUGAGGAUUCCUAUUGAAGCUUCUGUUGCAGACGCUACUCAGGGCAUUAGUUGGGGUCUUCCUGUCUCGCCUCUUUGUUGCUUGUGUUCUUGUGCACCCGAGACCAGGGAUCACUUACUGUUGGGUUGCAGUUUCAGCAAAGCCCUCUGGAGUUCGGUUCAGUCCAGACUUAGGUUGCACUCACUUAUUUUUCUGAAUUGGGCUGAACUUCUUUUAUGGAUUCGUCGUUCUAGCACUUCUGCUCCCUCCACACUGAGGAAGCUUGUUGCUCAUUCCGUCGUCUACGCAACUUGGAAGCAGAGAAAUAACAUGCUACAUAACUCGCAUCACUUGGAUCCUGCUUCAGUCUUCAAGAUCAUCGAUAGGAAAAUCAUUAACUCCAUCAACGCAAGAAGACACAAAAAGAAGUUCCGUAAUCUUAUGAGUUUUUGGCUCAUAUAA